GAAUUCCGGCGUUUGUGCUCCGUUUGUAGCGACACCAACACAGACCGUAACGGGUACAAAGUGUUUUGUGCACCUGGGGUGGUGGGAGCCCGGUGGACUUCGUCCUGCAAUCGUCGUCAAGUGUGUAAGUGCUCCCCCUGUACAUGCGCGUCGCUUGCUGGCGAAUCGUAGAAUUAAAUUUUGUUUCCUCAGGAAACACGCUUUCUGCCCGCGGCCGUCCCAGCCACGUACUCGGGGGCAUAACGAGGUGAUAAACUUGUCUGCCGAAUACACGCUGUUCACGCCUCAACGUUUGCCAACACUUGCAAUUAUUCUACAGCCGCUCAAGUAGUCGUUUGUGCGACCGCUCGGCGCUUGGACCAUCCGCUACCGGCGCGUCGGAGAGAUAAUUCGAAUGGCAACGAAAAUGCUACGUUGGCGUGGGGCUAGUUCGUUCAGCCGUCACCUCCGGGGCCUUCAGCCUGUCAUCGUACUGUCAUCGUGCACCGCAGCUUGUCUGCUUCUGUUUACGCUCUGUUUACUCAUGCCUUGCAGCCAUGGGACGGACGUGGGAACUAGCGCACGUGGCGACCAGCAGAGAACGAUCGCCAAGAAUGACGCUGGUACCGGCUCCGCUUCCAGACGUCAUCAUCUUCAUCAAAGCACCGGCGUAGCAGAUAUGCACCAGGUGCCAUCCGACCGUAAACGACUGAAACGGGACGCCAGCAAUGAGGAUGAUGCUGAUGCUGAUGAGCUCGCGCCUACAGCAGUGACCACGCCGGAUCAAAGACAACCUCCGACGCUUUCGCGCCAGAAAACGAACAAGCUGGUGGCUCGUCUGCUGCGUAUGUUCGGUAUGCGCCGUGAGCCGUACGGGCUGACGGGAACGGGCGCACAGAAGCAGCGACCACGGAUUCCGGCGUUCAUGCGAGAUGCGUUCAAGCAGCUGAACGCCUUCAGCCCAUUCCAGGAGAAGAUCUCGCUCUGCUUUGAUAAAGAUCAAAGAAGAUCUCUAGAGGGCGAGAUGUUCAUUCGAUUCAAACUCAACCUUGGUGUGAAAAGACAAGACCUGCCGAAGGUGACUAUACAUCGUGCGGAGCUUCAUCUUUUUCGCAAGGCUACGUACAAAUCCACCGAACCCAGCACUGGCCGGGGUAACCUUGUUGUGGAAGUUCAGGGCAAGGACAAGACAACAGGCAGUUUCUACUGGCACACUCCACGUGACCGCUUUUCAGGCUUUGCAUUCAAUCUCAGCGCACCGUUAGUGCGAAUCAACAUCACCCAGCUGGUUCUGAGCUGGAAGGACACACUGCCCAAACGGGUCAUCAUUUUCAGGAUCAGAACUCGGGCCGUAACUCAUUUCACGUUUGCAAAGGAAGGCGAAGGAGACCGUGCACAGCUCCUGGUCAUGUCGACGGUCUACGACGGCACUCAUCGUCGUGGAAACGGGGUGGAGAGCCUUGACGUGCCUGAUGGAGAACUGGACGCACUGAAUGCGCAGAGAGUCGAGACGGUGGCAGCCUGGUCGACGCUGAACAAGUCGACGGAAACGUGGGAGUACGAGUACCGGCCGCCCAACGCUCUCACCAACGAGAGUCUGUCGGUGCAUCGCCCUCUGCUGCGUGCCAACGCCACCGACGACCUGCCGCCAGUGCCCACGCAACACCCACGCACGGCGCACAGCAAUAGGACCCUAGCCGACUUUGCCGGCGAACAGCCCUCGUACCUGGACGCCGUGCCUCAGCGCAAGGAGUGGCUGGAGGUGGGGCAGGACCUCGGGGACACCUUGCCCCUACCGUCGCGGGGACAAAUCACGGUUGGCCGGCGUAAGAAACGCGCCAAGUCACACACGCACAGCGCAACAGGGCACGGGAAAAGCAGCAACUCAUCGUCAGUCCCCGGCGACCAGCACAGCAAUGCAGCAGCAACGAGGCAGAGGAAACGCAGCAAGCGGGCCGCCGCCGCACCGAAACGUCCCCUACUGACGCUGCAGCAGCAGAGCCGCACCGCCUGCCAUCUGGAGCGCCUCGUCGUCGACCUGAAGCAGCUGGCGUGGGAUCGGUGGGUGAUAGCGCCGCGACGGUUCAACCUUGGUUACUGCGUGGGUAUGUGCCCGUGGCCUCUGCAUCACUAUAACCCGUCACCUCACGCAAUUCUGCGUACGUUGCUCAGUCUGCGAGACCCCGACUACGUACCGGCCGCCAGCUGUGUCCCGACCAAGAUGGCGCCGGUGAAGCUGAUGUACCGCGACGACGAUGACUCCGUCGUCAUCUCCUCCUUUCCCGGCCUGGAGGCCGUGGAGUGCGGUUGCCGAUAGCACGCAUUGGUAACUAUGGCAACAGUGUACAGCCGCGAUGCCUUUGGUGUUGCUAUGACGACGGUUGAUCAUAGCGUGGCACCACCAUGAUGUUGCACUGGUCGGAGUGCCGGGUGGGUGGCUCUGUCAUCUAACAAAGAGUUUGCUUUCUCGCCCGAUGCUCGGCAGACUGUUCUGACUGUGCGGCGGCUAUAAAGCCGUGCUACGCUGUGCAAGCGGCGGAUGUGCACCGAGUCUCUGAAGACUAUUCUUCCUGUGUGCAUGCGGUGUGCAUCUCCGGCCUAGACUAUGGGAUUGCACGGGCGCACUUCAGUGGCUCUGCUUACUUAGGGCAACGAGCCACAGCAGCCCCUUUCUCCCAGGACCUCACUCAACGACUCACAAGGACUGCAGUCGUAGCUAGACUCUAGAUAGAAGCGUAAAUACACUUAUAGAUUUGGUUACAAGUGUUUGUAUGGUAUUUGCAGAACAGCUGGAUCACCUUUAUCGAUGGAUCCAAAUUCCAGAAUUAUUCUCUUCAGGUGUUCUUUUGUAGAGUUUUGAGGCAAAUCUGCUAAUUAUCGUAAUCUGUAGACCGUUGAGACACCCCCUGCCCCCCCCC